ACAUGUAGCGGGGCAGCGACGGGUUAGUGGGUGAGUUGUGAGGCUGUGAGAGUUUACCUCAGUUGUGGUGGUGUGGAGGCUCACAGGACAGCGGUGGAGCUGCACACACACUGACAGAGUUUAAGUUGUUGCCACUACCGACAUCAUGGAUCACAUGCUGCCCUCUCCGGGAUUCAGUAUCCCAAGUAUUGGGACACCUCUGGCACCUGCAAUGGGUGAGGAAGAGAUGAUUCUCCCAUCUGCUCAGCAGCAACAGCAGCAGCAAUCUGCACAACAGCACAAUCAGCAGCAACAGUCACAGCAGCAAGGGCAGCAACAGCAGAUGACGCAACAGACUUACAGUAGUGGGUUCACACCCCACAGCCUGAUGCAGCCACACACUCCGAGUAUGAUGUCACCUGUAGUAGGAGGCGGAUCACAAGUGGGUGCAGGCAUGUUUGGGCCAGCCACAGGACCCUCCACUCCAGGUGGGGGACCCAUGACUCCCAUGACCCCACAUUCCAAUGAUCCAGCCAUCGUUCCACAGCUACAGAACAUCGUUUCUACAGUCAACUUAAAUUGUAAGCUCGACCUAAAGAAAAUAGCUUUGCAUGCUCGUAAUGCCGAAUAUAAUCCCAAACGUUUUGCAGCCGUCAUCAUGAGAAUUCGUGAACCCCGAACAACGGCACUUAUCUUUUCCUCUGGGAAAAUGGUAUGUACAGGAGCAAAGAGUGAAGAUGACUCCAGAUUAGCUGCAAGGAAAUACGCUCGGAUUGUACAGAAGUUGGGCUUUCCUGCAAAAUUCCUCGAGUUUAAGAUCCAGAACAUGGUGGGCAGCUGCGAUGUGAAGUUUCCAAUCAGACUGGAAGGCCUUGUCCUCACUCACAGCCAGUUUAGCAGCUACGAACCUGAACUGUUCCCGGGUCUCAUCUACCGCAUGGUUAAACCUCGUAUUGUACUUCUCAUAUUCGUGUCUGGCAAAGUUGUACUCACAGGUGCAAAAUUUCGAAUCCAGAUAUACGAAGCUUUCGACAAUAUUUACCCCAUUUUAAAAAGCUUCAAGAAACAGUGAACGGUGACCUGGACACUGUUCCGAGUUAUGAGUCUAGUGAUGUGAUGUUUACGAAACAGAAAUGCAACUUAUAAAUUGAAACAAAGUGGACAUAACAAUAAGUGUAUAAUAAAGCAAAACUGAUUGUCAGUUUAGACAAUUAUAUUUUAUACUUUCAUUGUUUACACAGUCCAUUGAUAAAAAGUGACCACUCGACACAUCCACACAGGAGACUGCCAUUAAUGGGUCUCUUGAAGCUAAGCACUAGAUACUAAUAUGAUCGUGGUGUGGUUAACUAAUAAAAGACAGAUAUUGAUGUGCCAGGUGCUCUAGAGUCCAUGCACUCCCAUCAUGACAGUUGUAGUGUUGAGUCCUAGGCUAGGGGUAGUCCCGACCUCCUGCACAAGACUCUGAUGAAAACAUACAUGGCUAAGAUUUGUAGUGUUGAAAUGUGUGUGAUGCUCAUUGAAAACGUCAAACAUUUUGUACUUGAUUUGCCAGAAGCUUCUUGCACAUUUCAUACUCAGAUUGCAAAAUUGCAAAUUUCAUAUUACAAAAUAUGCAGAUAGCCAUGUUAAAGUGCAAUGCAUUUCUUACAAUGUUAAGAGGUCCAAUUGUGAAUUUUGUUAACUAUAAAGGUAGUGGGUGAGAGUAAGAUCAGUGUUUUAAGACUGAAGGUAGUGAGGGUUAUCAUGCUGGCCUCUACUACAGUAAUCCCAAGUGCAAACUUAUUUUGUGACAGUAAUUCCAGGCUUACAAUUUAUAGGCUAUGUUGUCAGUAUUUCAGACAUGAUCUGAUUUGCAUACAUACAUGAAAAGAAAUGAAAGUGAUGGCAUUUAUGUUAGCUCAGUUUUCAUACUUCUCCCACUAUCUGUCACUUCUUGUCACCUCACCUUCCCUCUGGUCUUAUAUUUGCUCCUCUCCCACUCUUGCGUCACAACUUCCAGGAUGGACAGAAAUGUCGUCACUUUCAAUUCACGUGUGUGAGGAGAAUUAUGUUUUCACCCACUAUAUUGUGACAGAGAGAACAUGCCUGCCAUCUGUUUUAAUAUUAGUAAAUUCUCUUCGAAGAUGUGAUCUUUACACCACCAUCUUUUGUUGCAAUCCCCUCAUCUUCAGCUACCAUCGCCUCACCUUUGGCUACCAUUCCCUUACCUUUCUUCCAGACUCGGCAGAAUAGAUAGAUGGCAUGUAUGGGAAGAACUUCUAGAACAUCUAGAUCUAACAAUGUGUGUGUUAUAGGCAACUUUGAUUUUAGUAGAAUAAAUGGACUAACUAAA